AUGGCUGCGUUAUAUCGUGUUUUAAAUUAUUUGGGGAAAAAUCUUAUAUCGACGGCACAGAAUAGAAAUAUAUCGUUAUCUGCGACAACGCGUAUUAAAGAAAUUAUCCAGAAAAAAGAAGGGAACACUUUAACUUUCGAAGCCGUAAUAAAGCCAGAUCCCUACGAAGAACGAUUCCUGAAACCUAAAAAUGGGGCAUGUACUAUCUGUUCUGCUGGCCUCGAUGUUAAACAUACCGAUGUUCUUAUCUUAAGCCAAUUUGUCACAUCGGAGGGAAAUAUAUUACCAAGAAGAAUCACAGGUCUUUGCAAAAUGCAACAGAAAAGAAUUAGCUCAUUGAUAAUAAUGGCUCAAUACGCAGGGUUAAUGCUAAGAAGAUCACCCAAAGGUGGUCUGCUUCAUCCUUCACAGAAAAGAAAAUGGAAAAAGUACAACAGCUAUUACGAUGAAAGAACCAUUAAAGCUAGAUACAAGUAG